AUUCACAAACAGGGAAGGAAGAAAUUGCUGUGAAAUCUAGUGAGGAAGCGGUCAUUAUAAGUGAGAGUUUGAGGUCAGUUGAUUAAUGGUCAUUAAUGUAUUUAUUAUAUAAACAUAAGUCAUAUAGAGUUUUUGGCCACUGAGAAAAAUCGUAUUUAAACACACGUAAAAAAUACGAUAUUUUUACGUGUGAAAAUAUCAUUUGUUGUAAAACGCUUUUUUAAAAUUGUUUUUCACUGAAUGUUGUUUAUAUAAUAAACAGAAAAAUACAUGGGUGCUUGGAAAUACCAGAUUUAUUUCUCGUGUUGAACAUGAUAUCUCACUCGUUCGCUGCGCUCACUCGUGAGAUAUCAUGUUCAGCACUCGAAAUAAAUCUGGUAUUUCCGCGUAUUUCUAUACGAUUUUAUAUCCGGGACUUGAAUUUGCCCCCCAUUAGCUGCGUUCCCAAUUUUUAAACUCGAUGCCUCCUCUAGUGUUAUUUAUAUAAUCUCUUAGUGUUCAGUGUUUCCACUUUCAAGGAAAUUUCCUUUUUCAAGGAAAUUUUGACCGAAAAAAGACGUUUCAAGGAAAAAAAAGGAAUCAAGGAAAUCUAAGGAAUUUUUGAAAAUUCUAAGGAAAUUUAAGGAAUUUUUGUGAAAUGCUUUGAAGAUUCUUUCAGGAACCUUUCAUUAAUUUUAAAUUAUAUUACUUUCCUUCGCUCAUAACCAAUAUGUCCGCAUGCAAAAAUAAAAAAACCUCUUUAGGAGCCUGUGACCGAGUCAGUAGAAUCUAGAAUUAUUAAAUAAAUAUUAAGUAGGCUGCACACAACCUGAAUUUUAGGCGGAAAUCAGGUAGCGUGCUGUGUGCAGGCGAAUUUAUAUGAAUUUAUUUGUCAUGUGAAUUUCUUGACUAUUGAGAACAAUAUUAAAACUCUAGUAUUUUACAUUUUAAAGCUUUCAAAAUUGUUGUGUAAAGGCUUUGUUUCUAAGAGUUGUACGAAAUAAAUGUACCAUUCUGUUUCUGUCUUAUUUUAUAUAAGUAUUGAUGAAUUCUAGUUGCCGAAAUAUACUUCGGUUAAUCAAGGAAAUUACAUCCCAUUUCAAGGAAAUUUUAAAGCAAAAUCAAGGAAAUUUGAAUGAUCGUUGUGGAAACACUGAUAGUGUUCUCAGUUCUGAACAUGCAGUGGUUCUGAACUGUGUGAUUUUAUUUAGCUCGUUUCUAUGUCAAAAUAAUUCGGAUAUAAAGUAUUAUAAAGAUUUAAAAAGCAAGGAUUCGAUUGAGUAACAUUUUUCAUCGAAGUUUAGCUGUAUUAGCGACAACGUCAGAGAAAAGCCAUGCCUGUGAAAUGUGUGUUCUGUAACAAGAUAUUUUCAUACAGAAGCGAUUUGGUAAGGCAUGAAAGGACACAUACUGGAGACAAACCUCAUGUAUGUGAUGUUUGCAACAAGAGAUUUGCAGCAUUGGGCAGUUUAAGGAAACACAAAAUUACACAUACUGGAGACAGGCCUUAUGAAUGUGAUGUUUGCAACAAGAGAUUUUCUAAAAUAAGCAAUUUAAGGGCACACAAAAGGGGACAUACUGGAGACAAACCUUAUGAAUGUGAUGUUUGCAACAAGAGAUUUUCUCAAAUGAGCAAUUUAAGGGCACAUAAAAGGACACAUACUGGAGACCAACCUUUUGAAUGUGCUGUUUGCAACAAGCAAUUUUCUCAAAUGAACAGUUUAAGGGCACAUAAGAGGACACAUACUGGAGACAAGCCUUAUGAAUGUGAUGUUUGCAACAAAAGAUUUUCAGUUACAAGCAGUUUAGCUAGACAUAAAAUAACACACACUGGAGACAAACCUUAUGAAUGUGAUGUUUGCAACAAGCGAUUUUCUCAAAUGAGCGAUUUAAGGUUACAUAAAAGGACACAUACUGGAGACAAACCUUAUGAAUGUGAUGUUUGCAACAAGCGAUUUUCUCAAAUGAGCAAUUUAAGGGCACAUAAAACGACACAUACUGGAGACAGACCUUAUGAAUGUGAUGUUUGCAACAAGAGAUUUUUAGCUCCAAGUCAUUUAGCUCAACAUAAAAUAACACACACUGGAGACAAACCUUAUGAAUGUGAUGUUUGCAACAAGAGAUAUGCAACUUCAGGUAAUUUAACUAAACAUAAAAUAACACAUACAGGAUGCAAACCUUAUGAAUGUGAUGUUUGCAACAAGAGAUUUUUUCAAAUGAGCAAUUUAAAGUCACAUAAAAGGACACAUACUGGAGACAAACCUUAUGGAUGUGAUGUUUGCAACAAGAGAUUUUUAUUUCCAAGCCGUUUAGCUGAACAUAAAAUAACACACACUGGAGACAAACCUUAUGAAUGUGAUGUUUGCAACAAAAGAUUUGCAGCUCCACAUAAUUUAACUAAACAUAAAAUAAUACAUACAGGAUGGAAACCUUAUGAAUGUGAUAUUUGCAACAAGAGAUUUACUCAAUUGAAUGGGAUGAGGACACAUAAAAGGACACAUAAAAGGACACAUACUGGAGACAAGCCUUAUGAAUGUGAUGUUUGCAACAAGAGAUUUGCAGCUCCAAGUAAUUUAAUUACACAUAAAAGAACACAUAAUGGUGACAAACCGUAUCAAUGUGAUGUUUGCAACAAAAGAUUUGCUCAAUUGGAAAAUUUGAAGGCCCAUAAAAGAACGCAUACUGGAUGCAAACCUUAUGAAUGUGAUGUUUGCAACAAGAGAUUUACUCAAUUGGGCAGUUUAAGGACACAUAAAAGAACAUGUACUGUAUGCAAACCUUAUGAAUGUGAUGUUUGCAAGAGUAGAUUUUCACAAUCCAGCACCUUAGUAACACAUAAAACACAAGUGCACAAGAAGAACAAGAGUUUUGAGUGUGCUGUAUGCAAGAAAAUAUUCACACGAGAACAAAGUCUGAAGCGCCACAGAAGAGUGCAUUUGAAAGAUGGCUUGCUGUUGUGCAGCAUGUGUGGCAUAGAAAUUAAUCAACCACAAGAAUAUGCCAAUGAGAUGCCUAGCAGUAGUCAUUACAAUUGUGACAAAUGUGACAAACAAUUCCCUGAUUGUCUGGGCUUGACACAACACAAGAUGAAAGACCAUGGUAGCAGCUACCAGUGCGAUGUCUGUCAAGAGUUAGAGUCACAAGAAGCAACUGGUAUUGGAUACAUUUGUUCUAUUUGCGAUACUGAGUUUGACAUUGCGACUGAACUUGAAAGUCAUAUGGAGACCCAUGACAAUCCGUUGUCAGAAUAAGCUAGAUAAUAUGAAAACUAUUUAGAGAAGAAAAAAUAAAAAAAGGAUUUUUGUUCAUUUCAUAUUUUUUUCUUUUUAUUUAAUUAAAUGAACUACUUAUGUUAAUGAUGUACAUUUAUUAAAAAAUAGUGUGAAUAAAUUGAUCUGAUUUGUUGUUUUGAGGUUUCUUUUGAAAUUGAUUUGAGACUAUUUGAAAUAUAUAUAAUUCACUGAUUGACUGAAAUUCACUCAAUCUUGUUCCCAGAGCAUGCCCGUUCGCAGGUUAGGAUUGUCCCACACUUCAAUCACCGAGAAUUUUCUUUUGCAUAGUGGAAGCGGAAGCACGACUUUAACAGCUUCCGUUUUCGCGCCAUAUUUUCGUACUGUUCUCAGUUCUGAACUGCGUGACCUUUUUUUGCUCAUUUUUAUGUCAAAAUAAUUCGGAUAUAAACUAUUAUAAAGAUUUAGAAAGCAAAGAUUCAAGGAUUCCAUUGGGUAACAUUUUUCAUCGAAGUUUGGCAGCACGAGCGACGGCGUCAGAGAAAAACGAUGCCUGUGAAAUGUGAGUUCUGUAACAAGUUAUUUCCAUUCAGAAACGAUUUGGUAAGGCAUGAAAGGACACAUACUGGAGAAAAACCUUAUGAAUGUGAUGUUUGCAACAAUAGAUUUUCUCGAUUGAGCACUUUAAGGACACAUAAAAUGACACACACUGGAGACAAACCUUAUGAAUGUGAUGUUUGCAACAAUAGAUUUUCUCGAUUGAGCACUUUAAGGACACAUAAAAUGACACACACUGGAGACAAACCUUAUGAAUGUGAUGUUUGCAACAAGAGAUUUUCUCAAAUGAGCACUUUAAGGGCACAUAAAACGACACAUACUGGAGACAAGCCUUAUGAUUGUGAUGUUUGCAACAAGAGAUUUUCUCGAUUGAGCACUUUAAGGAGACAUAAAAUGACACACACUGGAGACAAACCUUAUGAAUGUGAUGUUUGCAACAAAAGAUUUUCAGCUCCAAGCCGUUUAAGUCAACAUAAAAUAACACACACUGGCGAAAAACCUUAUGAAUGUGAUGUUUGCAACAAGCGAUUUUCUCAUAUGAGCAAUUUAAGGGCACAUAAAAGGACACAUACUGGAGACAAGCCUUAUGAAUGUGAUGUUUGCAACAAGAGAUUUACAGCAUUGGGCAGUUUAAGGACACACAAAAUGAUACAUACUGGAGACAGACCUUAUGAAUGUGAUGUUUGCAACAAGAGAUUUUCUCAAAUGAGUAGUUUAAGGACACACAAAAGGACACAUACUGGAGACAGACCUUAUGAAUGUGAUGUUUGCAACAAGCGAUUUUCUCAAACGAGCAAUUUAUGGGCACAUAAAAGGACACAUACUGGAGACAAGCCUUAUGAAUGUGAUGUUUGCAACAAGAGAUUCGAUCGAUUGAGCAAUUUAAGGACACAUAAAAGAAUGCAUACUGCAUGCAAACCUCAUGAAUGUGAUGUUUGCAACAAGAGAUUUUCUCAAUUGAUCAGUUUAAGGACACAUAAAAUGACACAUACUGGAGACAAACCUUAUGAAUGUGAUGUUUGCAACAAGCGAUUUUCUCAAACGAGCAAUUUAAGGGCACAUAAAAGGACACAUACUGGAGACAAGCCUUAUGAAUGUGAUGUUUGCAACAAGAGAUUUUCUCAAUUGAGAAGUUUAAGGACACAUAAAAGAACACAUACUGCAUGCAAACCUUAUGAAUGUGAUGUUUGCAAGACUAGAUUUUCACAAUCCAGUACCUUAGUAACACAUAAAGCACAAGUGCACAAGAAGAACAAGAGUUUUGAGUGUGCUGUCUGCAAGAAAAUAUUCACACGAGAACAAAGUCUGAAGUGCCACAGAAGAGUGCAUUUGAAAGAUGGCUUGCUGUUGUAACAAGUUCUGUAACAAGUUAUUUCCAUUCAGAAACAAUUGAGGACCAAAAUACUACAACUACAAUUGAGGGCCACACGUUUUUCAGCCUUCGGCUGUAAUGUGUUUUACCCUUGUUAAAUAAAGUUGCUACUGUUACUACUACUACUACUGUGCAGCAUGUGUGGCAGAGAAAUUAAUCAACCACAGCGAUAUGCCAAUGAGAUGCCUAGCAGUAGUCAUUACAAUUGUGACAAAUGCGACAAACAAUUCCCUGAUUGUCUGGGGUUGACACAACACAAGAUGAAAGACCAUGGUACCAGCUACCAGUGUGAUGUCUGUUAAGAGUUAGAGGCCCAAGAAGCAACUGGUAUUGGAUACAUUUGUAGUAUUUGCAAUACUGAGUUUGACAUUGCGACUGAACUUGAAAGUCAUAUGGAGACCCAUGACAAUGCGUUGUCAGAAUAAGCUGGAUAAUAUGAAAACUAUUCAGAGAAAAAAUAUAAAAAAAACAUAUAUUGUUUCAUAUUUUGUUUUGUUUUAUUUAAUUAAAUGAACUACUUUGUGAAUAAAUUGAUUUGAUUUGUUGUUUUGAGAUUGAUUUGAAUUGAUUGAUUUGAUAUGAUUUGAGACUAGACUAGUCAAGUUUGAAAAUAGACAAGUUGCAUACUAGACUAAUUUUUGAUCUGGACAAAAAAGUAAAUUCCCAUAAAGACCGUAUUACAGUAAAAUUAGAUAAAAAUAAACUCUUUAACAAUUGUCAAUAAUAAACAACAAAAAUAAUUUGAGAUAUUUUAUGACAUUUUGUUACUAUUAUAAGUCUGUAAAUCGUUUUUUUAAAAUGCUGCAAAUAGCAUUUCAGAGACUCUUGUUUUAAAAUUUUCUGGGGCCGUGCCCCUGAACCCCCCAGAUUGUCACACACACACCUUUGGUGGCCGCUAAAUGUGCACCCCACUUUUAGAGCCACUUGACGCCCCUGAUGGAGGGUGUGCAUAAUAUAUUAAAACUUGUUGAUUUGAAAGUCUUGAUGGUACCAUGCAUGCUUAUCAUUUACCAAAGUUUAUAAUGAAUUGGAUUUUCUAUAUUUUUGCUAGGCGUGUCUGGGGUCAUCCUGAUAAGCAACAACACGAUACAGAAAGCACGCCUGCAAACACUCUAUCUCUUCAAGUGCCUAACUUAGCCAACCAAUCAUCGACACUACACGAUUCACAAGACAGUAUAUAUUACAGCUGUGGAUCCAUUAACAAGGAGAUAGCACCUUCUGAGUAUAAUGGUGGUUGGUCGAAGAGAUAUGAACAGCAAGUUUCACAGGCGUCACAAAGAAGCAUUUGGAGUCCAGCGCUUCCAACUUCUACCUCGACUGUUGAAAGUGUAUGUGAAUUGUGGUAUAACGUAUAAUGUUUAGAGAUAUUCAGUGGCUUAUACAUUAGCCUGACGCAAACCUUAAUCCGAUCGCUCUUCACACACAGUAAAGUUUAUAUUUAAUAUCCAAUCAAAAUGUUCCAGGAGAAAUGUCAAUUGACCCUAGAUGUGCUUACGUCAGGCAAUUUUGACACCAUCUAAACUUUAGGUAUACGCAAUGCAAUGUGGUAUAUAUGUGGGUAAAAUAUUCAUUGUUUGACGUAACGACUUCGAAGGUCAAUUUCACACAAUGUCAACAACAAUCUAAUUAUAGUUAAAACUACUAAAUAGGUCAUGAACAGUGGUAGUACAAUGUAAUUAGCACCAACCAAUCAAAAGACAGAUCAAAUUUUUUUAGUCUGAUGGACCAAUCAGGUGAAAAGCUCGAUUUUGGCUUUUUUACUUGACAGGGAUUUGUGUCAGGCCCUCUUUUCCCAUCCAUCGAUUCCAUCCACCCGCAUUUAAGGAAGGGAAACGAUGCCUGAUACUAGGCUACCAAUACAUCUCACUUUCAUCUUUGUGACCUAAGUUCCAUUCUUUCAAUAGACCCUUUGCACUGACGUCACAAAUCCUUAGAGUGUCCUCCAGAUGCUCCCUAACAAUAUCUGUUCGGGUACAACAACCACCACAUACAGCGCAAAAACUAACCAUUUUAAUACAAAAUUAUUAUAAAGUUUUACAAAAUUUGCUUUGUUUACAAAAGUUAUAUUAUGCAUAGAUUGCUAAUUUGUCCUACAGAUGCAUCGUCGCCGGUGCUGUGACGUCAUGUGCAAUGGGUCUAUAUGCAGUUGUCCAAUCUCGUUCCCCGAGCCUGCGAUCCUUGGGAAGGAACGUGAGGCUCUGGGAUAAUCAGUUUCAGAGGGGAAUCUGAUUGGCCGUUGAAAUGGAAUGCGCAGUUCAAUGUUAGCCAGGAUCCCUGGCUUCCGGCAACGGAUUAUCCCAGAGCCUCACGUUCCUUCCCGAGGAUCGCAGGCUCGGGGAACGAGAUUGGCAGUUGUCUGUUUAUAAUUUGUUUCAGGUUUUGUUUGGAUGCCCUGGUUUUCUGUACUAACACUGGAAUUAUUAAACCUAUAAUUAACGUUUUUCAUUCCAUUCUGUGCAGUUUCCACGGAAGGAAGUAUGGCCGCCAUCAUUGAAACGACAAGAUGGUGUAGAUGUUGAUGAGGGUGACCCGAACUCGAUGGUUGGAGAAUCUGUUUUCUCUCUUGGCUUGGAAAUAUCUGGCUUUGAACUUUUUCCUGCUGCAAAACAGGCUAGGUAAUAUAUAUGAUUCACUAUUAAAAGUUGAACGAGCCUUUAAGACUUGUUCACACUGUUAAAGCUUCUGUGAUCACAGUAGGAAUUUUGCAUAGGUAAGAAUUUUGUAUAGGUAGGAAGUUUUGAAGAAUUUGUAAGAAAUCUUUGAGGGAACUGACUUAGUGUUAAACGGUGAGUUAGUUCCCUCAAAGAAACUUUUAUAGUGUAAACCUUUAUACGAAAAAUACUAAUAGACCAGCUUUUGAGAGAUGUAAUAUUUCGGUUUCAGUGUCAUGCUAAUCAGAAUGCUUUGUUUCAUUCCUGAAUACAGGGGUGUAUAUUCUUCAAUGACCUUUGAUUUCUUCCCCCCCCCCUCUCUUCAGCUUUGAUUUUCUUCCCUGUAUUCCCUGUAUCUUGAAGAAAUUUGGGCGCGACACGGGAGUCUGGGCUCCACCUUUAUUAUUCCAAUAAUUUCCCUACGAUUUAAAGAAUUAUUUUCGAAAAAACGUUUGGUUCAAGGUAGAAAAAUGAUGUUACAAUGCUGAUUUUGACAACAAAUUUUUUAGUUUAUGUAGAACUUCUGCAUCUCAAUGAUAAACAGCACAACAAAAUAAUUGAUUAUUGAUAUAUUAACUAGAGAUGUUCCCAUUAAGAAGUACUCCUCUCUCUAAAUUACGUUCAUUUUUUAACAAACGUUUUUAGUUUCACAAACAUUAAUAUAUUUAAUUUAUGAUUUAAAUAUUGACAUUAUGUUCCAAUUCCCCUUCCUCUUGCCAUAAAAAGUCAUACUUCAUCUAUACCCCUCCCCCUCCUUGCUGACAAUAUGAGACUGAUCCCCAAGUUUUCUCAGUUCUUCUUCAUUCUCAUCCCUUGUCCUUUCUCUUCUUUUCCUUUUGCUCCCUCAUUUUCCUUUUGCCCUUUCCUUUCUUUUCCCUUUGUUCUCUUCUUUUCCCUCUUUCUUUUCCCUUCCUUUCCUUUCUUUUUCACUCUUCUUUGAAUUUCUUCCCUGGCCCUAAGACCCUUUGAUUCCUUCCCCCCCCCCCAAGGGGGGGGGGGGGAAUUAUAGAAAAUAUACACCCCUGCCUGAAUAUCGUUUAAUUGAAGAAAAGAUCUCUCAAAAGUGUAAAUAAACGGUCGUACCAACUUGCUUGCCAGUGACGGCGUCUUGUACUCGUGGUGAAGUCUAAAGCUCUCUGAUCACUUUAUUUCGUUGUUUUUAUAGUUCAAAUAGUUCCAAAUCAAUUAAUGAGAGGAGCGAAAGAUUUGAUCAAAGAAAUGCGACUUUUCAACCUCCUGUAAGUAACAACUCUCGAGUUUUCAUUACAGCAAUAAGUAAGGAAAAAGUUAUUUCGCUGACCUCAGAAUGACAUUUCGUCAAAAAAAAUUUCUUCAAGAUUGGUUUAGAAACAAAUUGGAGUAGGGUUAGGUUAGGGUUAGAGUAAAGAUUAGGGUUUGGGUUAGAGUUAGUGUUUAGAAUAGGGUUAGUGUUAAUAAAAUCGUUGUUUUGUUACGUUUUGUCACUCUGAGGCCAGCGAAAUAACCUCUUCCAGUAAAGUAAAGCCCCGCAUAAAAGAACCAGUGAAUUUUGACUUCAGGCUGAAGUUGUUCUCAUAUACUCUUACUUCACACAAUACUUUUUUUCUAUUCUACACAUUAAUGGGGACUGUUGUUGCAUAAAACUAUUGCUGUGACACUAAUAUAGUUAUCGUUACAUAUAUCUAAACUUAAAAAAAACUUGUAUUUUGGAUGCUUAAUUGCCCAAAUUUCAGGCUAGUGGUUCUUAACCUACUGGCUCUUUUAUGUGGGGCUUUACUGUAUGCAAUCUGUUGUGAGAAGAGUGGGUCUAGUUUAACUCUACCAAAUACCAGAGUAUAUUACCUUCUCUUGCAACACUGCAGGAAUAAUGGGUGACAAUUACUGGACUCCUUAAGGCAAUUCCGCAGUAAUUGUUCCCGAAAUGAGAAUCUGCUGAAACUUACCAGGCAUGGAGUUUAUGAUAUACUUAAAGUAAAAUCACACAAAAAAGUCGGACUCAUUAAGAAGAUAUGACAAUCACAAUAUACCACAUUUACCCCCAAUAUGGCACCAUCUUGACGCUCAUUAUGAGUAACAGCAAACUCACAACAGCCCGAUAUUUAUUGACGCUUUUAGCGCGGAUUUUGCUUUAGUAAACCUAUCUUGUAAUUAUUUUUGAAAAAAUAUUGUGUUUUGAGCAAAAUGAAACUACUAACGUGUAAAAUUCUGAUCCACAAAUGUCUUUUCCACAUUUCUUUACAUAUCUUUCUUUGAGAACAUGCAUUGAUAAAGCAUUUUUUUCAAGAUCCAGAAAUUAUUUUUCUUUUAAUUUCGGAUAUAAAAUGUAAAAUGCAUUAAAGAAAUAAAUUAUCAGUUAAAAAACGGGGGUCACCGUCUCGCCGAUCUUUUAAGGGAAUUGUGGUAUUAAAACGUGAAAUACAAGUAAAUAAAUAUACUGCGGAUUCAGGUAGACCGUGAAAUGCGAAUAGUUGUCGCGUUAGUUUUAACAGUCGUAUACGAUGACGUUUCUAGGCAGAUUUUCGACGUUUCUAAGGCGUGGCUUCAACGUUUAUUUUUAAAAUUUGAACGUUGUAAUUACAAGGUAAUUGCUAAAUAGUAUACUUCAAAAUAAGGUUUACGUUUUUAUAACGUAGAAAAAAUAUCCUAACGCAAAACUAAACCCUAACCUAACCCUAACUUAUUUAAAAAAUUGAUAUAAAAACGGAAACCUUAUUUUGAAGUAUACUAUCUGGCAAUUACCUUGUAAUUACAACGUUCAAUUUUUAGAAACGUCGAAAAUCUGCCUAGAAACGUCAUCGUACAACUGUUAAAACUAACGCGACAACUAUUCGCAUUUCACGGUCUACCUGAAUCCGCAGUACUACAGACACAGGAACCCUAGCUACACUUUUGUAUGCCUUUUUUGAAAACAUUGAUUUUAACGUAAUUCUCUGCACGAAUGUAACCAAAGAUGUCUUGAAGUAACAUAAAAUUGUCAUAAAAUGAUAUUUUUUAAACGGUACGUAUAAUGGAUGAAAUUAUAAGUUAUAAGAUGUGCGCAGUAAAAGUGCGCAAUGCAAAACUGAGGAAUUACCUUAAGAGAACAGUUUAGAACUAUAGAGUAAGAGGACACCUUUAUGUAAGAAGGGUUAGUUUUGUUUUGGGAGAGGGGAGUGAAUCCAUUCUAAACCAACUGGUCUCAGUAAAAACAAUGUGUAAUAACAAAUGUUAUAAAUAUUUUUCAAGAUGUGGCAAACAGGACCGCGAGGUAUACAAACUGCGGGUCAGUUUUCAGAAAGAUCGUCAUCUUACGGCGAAGGAUUACACCAUCUACCACAACACGAACAUCUCGAACGAAUGAGACUACACACACACCAUAGUGAUCCAUUCUUAGCCAAGAAUAUCCCCUGGUCACACGGAGUGCCACCGAUGUACAUGAAGGUCCGGUAUAACCCCAACCUCAUUGCACCUUACACUGGGGAGGAGGUGCCAGGUGGAUAUGGUUCUCUGCAAUCCGGGAGGGGGCCGCGAGGUUUUCCGAAACAAGGACAGAACCCAUUGGACAGACGCAGGACAACUUCUCAGUUUUAUGUACCGCCCAGGGCAGGCCCCUUGUGA